AUGGCAGAAAGUUCAACCAAAUCAAUGGCUCAUCUGUCCAAACUUGAGUCCCUUGAUGGAAAUAACUACAAACGCUGGGCUCAGAAACUUCUUAUGUUUUUCGAGCAACUGGAUAUUGACUAUGUCCUGUUCAAUGACUGUCCCACUGCCAUUACGGCUUCUGCUGAUUCAUCUUCUCCUUCUGCUGCUGCCCUUGAGAAAAAAUAUGGGGCUGAUGAUGCUGGGAAACAGAAAUAUGUUGUAGGAAAGUGGCUGUCUUUCCAAAUGGUUGAUGACAAACCUGUCAUGGACCAAGUUCAUGUCUACGAAAAUUUAUGUGCUGAUGUUCUAAAUGAGGACAUGAAAAUCUGUGAGGUUUUCCAGGCUAAUGUUCUGCUGGAAAAAUUUCCUCCUCCUGGAGGGAGUUCCAGGCCAACCGGAUCAAAGAUAAUCAGGACUCGGCUUCUUGUCAAUGUUUCCAAAGCUAAUCUGGUGGAAUCUGUUGCUGCGCCAAGUUCUGAUAAGUUCAAGGGUAAGGGCAAGAAGCCUGAUCAUAAGGCUUACCAAUGUCCUCAACGCCAAGGUUCUGUCCAAAAAGAAACUCCUCAAGCUAACCUUGCUGUUUCGGAUGAUGUUAUUGCUGCUGUGUGGUUUGAAGCAAAUCUGGUCGAAAUCGUUCUGACUGGAUUCUGGACACCGGGGCUUCAAGGCAUUUCUGUUCGAACAAGGAGCUGCUCCAUGACUUCCAGGAUGCAACAGAAGGUGAGUGCGUCUACAUGGGGAAUGCAGCAACUGCUGGAGUGCUUGGACAUGGAAAGAUUCAUGUCUUUGAGUGAUAGGUCUAUCUGUGAGUACAGAGAUGCUGAGUUUUUUGAACAUUUCUCUGUCGUAGAUGAGCCUAGGAGAAGUAAGAGACCUAGAGUAGCAAAAGACUUUGGUUCUGAUUUUGUUACUGCUUUUCUAUCUGAAAGUUCUUGUGUUGACUUGUUGAGUGAUGAACUAGUUUAUGCUUUCAUGAUAGAAGAGGACCCAAAGACCUUUGAUGAGGCAAUGAGAUCUGUGGAUGCCAGUUUUUGGAAAGAGGCCAUUAAGAGUGAGUUAGAUUCCAUAGUGUCUAACUCUACUUGGGAGUUAACUGACUUACCUAAGGGAUCAAAGACCAUAGACAGUAAAUGGAUCUUUAAAAAGAAGUUGAGACCUGAUGGAACUAUCGAGAGGUUUAAAGCUAGGCUUGUCAUCAGGGGAUUCACUCAGAGGAAAGGACUAGAUUACUUUGACACUUAUUCUCCUGUGACUAAGAUAGCCACUAUUAGGACCCUGCUUGCUCUUGCUGCUAUUCAUGACUUAGUUAUACAUCAGAUGGAUGUUAAGACUGCUUUCCUGAAUGGUGACUUAGAGGAGGAGAUUUACAUGUCUCAACCUGAGGGUUUCGUGGUGUUAGGUCAAGAAGAUAAAGUGUGCAAAUUGAGGAAGUCCUUAUAUGGUCUCAAACAAGCACCAAAACAAUGGUAUGAAAAAUUUGAUAGUACUGUGGUGUCAAAUGGUUUCAUUGUAAACAAUUCUGAUUCUUGUGUUUAUUCAAAAUUGAUAGGAUCAGAUUGUGUGAUUAUAUGUCUUUAUGUGGAUGACAUGCUGAUUUUUGGUAACAACUUAAAGGUGGUUAAUGAUACUAAACUUUUCUUGUCUUCAAAAUUUGAGAUGAAAGAUUUGGGGGAAGCUGAUGUGAUUUUAGGAGUCAGACUUAAGAGAGUCUCCGGUCGCAUUUCC